GCAAUGCCAAAGCAGCAGGUGAUGAACACAUUUGCAGCAGAAGUGUGGCGACCGCACAGUCUGCUCGCUGUAGGCAGUUUAGAGGAGCAGAAACAGGUGGACUGAGCUGAGGGAGAGCGUGCAGUGGGCUAUGAAGCGAGGCAAAAGAGCAGAUGAAGAUACAGGCAGAGCCAAACCACUGACAGACAUGCAGGACCAAAGGAAAGCAGAGAGGGAAACUGGGCUGCAGUGUGGGGACCCCGCGCGCCUGCACGCACCUGAAUCAGCGCUCACUCACCUCAGCGACCUGCAGCAGCAGCCGGGGUGGCUCAGGGUGGAAGAAAGUUUCUCCUCGUCAAGGGUAACCAGAGACUCGGUAAAACAGUACCUGCAGUUCAGACCUGACCAGUCAGUGCUCAUCCUUCACGCCAAAGUGGCUCAGAAGUCCUACGGCAAUGAGAAACGAUUCUUCUGCCCUCCUCCCUGUGUGUAUCUCUGUGGGACGGGAUGGAAUCUCAGACAAGAGCAUCUUAAAGCGUCAGGUCUGGGUGAGUCUAGCUGUCGACUGUGUGGGUAUAUGGGUCUGGACAGCUCCCCUGGGCCACAGGCAGACAGCUUCAAGCUGAGCUUUGAGGAACAAACAGACAAGAGGAUGUUCGCCUGUGCUAAGACUCUGUACAUCUCAGACACGGACAAGCGCAAGCACUUCCGUUUGCUGCUUCGCCUGUUCCACAGUGGAGGGCAGGAGAUCGGCUCUUUCCAGAGUGGACUCAUUAAAGUCAUCUCCAAACCAUCUCAGAAGAGACAGUCCAUGAAGAACGCAGACCUGUGCAUUUCAUCAGGUUCAAGAGUGUCGUUGUUUAACCGCUUGAGGUCUCAGACGGUCAGUACGCGUUACCUCGCAGUGGAGGGCGGAGCUUUUGUCGCCAGCGCCAGACAGUGGACCGCUUUUACUGUCAUUCUAGCGGAGGAUCAGCAGGCUGACCAUGGUGAUUACUCUGUGUGUGACAGUUAUAUCUGUUAUGGUUGUGUGGUUCAGCUUGUGUGCACGGAUUCAGGAGUCGCACUGCCUCCCAUGGUCAUCCGUAAGGUGAACAAGCAACACGCGUGCCUAGAUGUGGACGAGCCUGUGUCCCAGCUUCAUAAAUGUGCCUUUCAGUUCAGAGACAGCAAGCACAUGUACCUCUGCAUCUCCAACGAAAAAAUCUUACAAUACCAGGCCUCUCCAUGCCCAAAGGAGAGCAGUCGAGAGCUGCUGAAUGAUGGCUCGUGUUGGACCAUAAUUGGUACGGAGGUCGUGGAGUACACGUUCAGUGAGAGCCUCGCCUGUAGCCCAACCACCAUCAGCCCAGUGCCUGUCAUUAACGGACUGGAGUUAAAUGGAGGAGGUCAUGUGGCCAUGUUAGAGCUGCAUGGAGAAAACUUUGGUCCUCACCUGAAGGUCUGGUUUGGGAACAUGGAGGCUGAAACUAUGUUCAGGAGUCCCAGGUCUUUGCUGUGUGUCGUCCCUGAUAUUUCAGUCUUCAGCGGAGAGUGGAAGUGGCUCAGGCAGCCCAUCACUGUCCCCUUAUCUCUGAUCCGGCUGGACGGACUGAUCUACCGAAGCUCGUUCACGUUCACCUACACACCAGAGCACAGCGCGUCCUCUCAGCCGUGCGCUUCUACUGAGAGAACCGCCAGCUCGGACCUGCUGAUCGACACCAUCCACCAGGAGUUCACCAGAACCAACUUCCACCUCUUCAUGCAGAGCUGACAAAUAACACAUACAGAUAUGAGACUGACCUGAACUCCUGCGGCUCUCGCAAACUGAUUUAGUUCUCAUUAUUCUCAAAUUUAUGAGUUUUGUUCUCAGCUGGGAUGAUUCCUCAAAACAUUACAGGGCCCUCAAAUAGUGGAAACGGAACUGGUUGUUGAAUUUAUUGUUUUUCGUGAUGUCAUACAGCCACACAUUUAGCCUAUGCCUAUUCACACUAAAGUUAUAAGCAGUGUUUCAGUUAGGACUGCUUUCUGAAUAAGACACAAUAUGAGGCAGCCAAUCAGAACAGAACUCUUUUACAUA